CAUAAAAAUCUCCUAAAUAAAUAGUAGUAUUUCUCGAAUAUAUUAAGUGUAUAAUCUAUGGUAGUAUUCAUAGAUUAUACACUUAAUUUAUUAAAUUUAAAAAGAAAUAAAAAAUUUGCAAGCUGCCUACAUAUUCUGAGCCAGAAAAGACCACGUUAAUUAAGCGCAUUUUACGUAUUUAUCUUUAUUGUAUCAAAAUAAAUACCAACUAAACAUGACCCUACAGCGUAGGUUUCUCCGCUUCUCUAGUAGUUAUGUGUUCAGUACCAGGAUGAACACGAUAGCACCAUGCCUUCAAACAGUAAGAUUUAACCACAGUAAAAGUGACAUUAUGGAUCAUAGAGCCAAAGUUAUGAGCAAAGGGUUACCAGAGAAAAAGCCCCUACCUGGUGUAAAGAGUAUCAUACUUGUAGCUUCAGGGAAAGGAGGUGUUGGAAAAACUACCACAGCUGUAAACCUAGCAUGUGCUAUGAAAGUAAUAGAACCGGACAAGGAAAUAGGGCUCCUAGAUGCUGAUGUGUUUGGUCCUUCAGUACCAUUGAUGAUGAAUAUCAGUGGAGAACCAAUGCUUAAUGACGAUCAUCUCAUUGAACCUUUACUUAAUUAUGGUGUUAAAUGUAUGUCAAUGGGUCUAUUAGUGUCUGGCGAGAAUGCUGUAGUGUGGCGCGGCUUAAUGGUGAUGCAAGCACUGGAACGUCUGACGCGACACGUGGCGUGGGGUCCACUUGACUGUCUCGUUGUAGAUACGCCGCCUGGUACAGGCGAUACACAUUUAUCACUUGCGCAAAACUUGCCUUUAGAUGGAGCAAUAGUAGUAACAACACCCCAAUCAGCCGCAUUGCAAGUAACUAAAAGAGGCAUAAAUAUGUUCGAGAAAUUAAAGGUUCCUAUUAUAGGUAUUGUCGAAAACAUGUCGCACGCCAUUUGUUCUCAAUGUGGAACAAAAAAUUUUAUUUUUGGGAAUGAUACCAAAAAAUCUGCUGCAGAUAUGGGUCUUGAGAUUAUUGAAAGUUUUGAAGUAGAUCAAAAUAUGUCAGAUUGUAUAAACAGCGGGAAGCCAGCGAUUUACGCCCUCCCAGACAGCAUACACGCAGAGAAAUACAGACACCUUGCUAAUAAAGUUUUUAAAUAUAUAGAUGAUAAGGAAAACCACAGAGCAAAAGCCAAAGAACAAUGAGACUACAUGGGUACAUUUACAUAGUACAUUCAACUUUAUUUUAAAAAUUAUACAAAAUAUAUUACUACUCAAGUCUGACUUAAACGAUUACAAAAUGAUGUACAACACCGUUCAAAUGAAAUAUUAUGUGAUAUUAUGUAAAAUUUAUUCGGAACAUAUCUCAAGGAUCUUAGUAUGGCUGUGUCCAAAUACUAGCUUAAAUUAAUAAUAAUAAUAAUAAGAAAUACAAAAA